AUGCAACCAUCUUCAACAACAAGCGAAACAGGGUCUUUGCCUUCUACUAGUAGUAGUGAUUCAGGUGGUGUGGUUGCCAGCUCGUCCUUCCUCCAAUUCAAUCAUCAUCAUCAUCAUCGCCACAUUACUCCAACGUCAUCGCCAUCCACAAUACAAUCCCAGCAAGGGGAAGCUUUGUUUUGCGUUGCUUCUCCAUUACCAACUCACAGAACUCACACUGGAUCUCCUAACACACUACUCAGCAAUGAAACCACCUCCAUUCGCAAUAGUACCACCGCUUCGGCCAGCCGAAUCAACACUGAUGGUGAUAGAGUAUCAUCCUCUCUCCUAACUCCCCUUCAAACUGAUUGCAACGGUAACAAAAGUGGGUUCUCUUCUUCCCCCUCACCUCUUUGUAAUAACAACAACAAAACCUAUUUCUCUUCAUCAUCACCAGCUUCUAUCACCGCCUCUUCCACAUCGACGGUAGAUGUACUUUCUCUUCCCAACUACUCGCUAAACGAAAGCGUUGGUGCCUUUAAAGAUCUCAAUCCAAACAAUGACUGGAAAGACAUUCGAGAUAUUCUCUCUGGUGAUGAUGAAUUUUGUAUGCUGGCUCUCUCGCCAGACUUUAUUUCCACAGAGCAGCACAAAAAGGAAGCAACCUUGUUCAACAAGCAAAGCGAAAGAGCAUUUAAAUACAUGAUUAGAUCCUUCUUCCAAAAUCGCUCUUUCAAGAUUGCGAUGGAGCAUAUGGAAAGGUUAAUCAAUCCAAAGAACGUCAUUUCUCAAACUUCUAGCUCUACAGAGAGCGAUACGUCCAGGUCAGAUCACAUCUCUGCGAACGCUUUCUUUCUAUUUUUCAAGUUCUAUGUGAGAGUGUUGUUUUUACAGCACCGCAUUGAGAAUCCAGACUUUUAUUUGAACUCUGACGAGUUUAUGAGACAUUCCAUCAACGACCUGACCACUGCAAUAGAUGUUUAUGAAAAUGGUGAGAUGACCCAGCAUAACUCUCUUUCCACUAAUAAUUUCAACCUUUUUGGCCUUUGUCAUCAAGUUGCUUGUGGAACCAGUACUCAACCAAGCAAGACUGAUGAUGUCACUCCAGCACAAAAGAGAAAACUCUCUCAAUUUCUGAGCUUAGAUUCUGAAGAAUAUUCUCCCCUGUUGGAGACAGUAGAUUGUGAGGAAAUCAAAACGAAGAGAAGAAAGUUCAACAUGGCCGUUUUAUCUUCAAUGAGUGUUGACAAGAGUCAAAAAGAAAUUAAAGAGCUUUUCCACCCUUGUUUGAGAAGAUUCUACGAACAAGUGAAAGAGAAGCUUUCCGUAUUUAGAGACUACAUGAAAAGAGAGAAAGCCCAAGAAAGGACGUCCAUGGAUGACGCUAUUCUGGGAACUGAGCUGGUUUGUAAAUAUAGAGCCAAAGAGUCAUAUGCCCACUUUUUAGAAUCUGUACAAAAGAAUCCAUACAACUAUCACGCUUAUUUCCAACUGCUAGAAGUAUUCAGAUUAAUGGACAAGAACAUUGAGACGAUGAAAUGGCUUAGAAUAGGUAUUGUCAGAUGUGAUGAAGAGCUACAAAACUUGAGAACUUUGCUUGAGCUCGCAGAGUCCUCUUUGAUGAGCAUGAAGAGCUAUCCAAGAGGUAUUGAACUGAUCUCUACAUUAGAAACCCUUAUCAAAAAGACUGAGGCAGUUAGAGAGGUAUUUUUUGGAUGUCUCCAUCACUUUACUCAUAACACAAGCCCGAAUGAUCAUUUCUUUAGUGCCACUGACAAGGACCCUCAAUGUUUUUAUGGCCACUAUUUUAUUGGCAUGCUAACUGGAUUCAACAAACUUGUACCUAGAAAUCAUACGGCACCCAUUCAUUUCUUGGAUGUUUCACUAGUGUCCAUCAAAGAAUCUCACGCAUUUGGAUUUAGAGGUAUAAUACCCACCAUCUAUCCAGAAUCUGUUGAUGCCGAAAUGACAUAUGGAAACUCUAUGUUACAACCAUUUGUAUAUUAUAUGAUUGGCCUAUUGAAAUGGAGAGCAAACGACGUGAAGUCAACUAUGGCUAACUUCAAUAAGGCUCUCGAAUGUAACGAAAAUCUAAUCCUAAUUUAUCUUAAUCGAGUAACACUAUUCCAACAAACCAAACACUACGACAGGGCUUUCAAAGAUAACCAAAAACUUUUGCGGAUAAUAAUGAAACACUCUCCUGUGAAGGAGAUUCGAUCAGAGUUGUCCAUGGCAUAUCUCAAUCAAGGGCUUUUGUUGUUAGAUAUGAAGGAAAAAAAUAUUGAUCUAGUUGUGGGUUGUUUGGAGAAAUCUUUCACCAUUUGCCCAAUGAACAUUUGCGCUUUAGAUUGGCUAUGUGGUAUUCAAACGAAUAGACGAAAUAUCACACUAGAAAAAUACGAAGAAUAUGCUGAACAAGUGUAUAAAUAUAUGGAGCGGCUUGAAAGAGAUGACAUGCUACGAUUUUGCAAACUCCAAGUUCACAUGUAUAGACUUUUUCAUAGCGAAAAGGUCACCAAAUGGAGCAAAUUACUGACAAGUUUUGGAAACUCGAAUAUGCGAACACAUUAA